CUUUCAUUUCUUAGUAAACCGUACGAGAUGGAAGCUGCAUUGAGAUUAGCGAUUUGGUGUAUUUUGUUACUUUGUGGAGUGAUUCAAAAUGUGCUAGCAGCGAGCGAAAUAAUCCCCAAGGAUUACACCAACAUGCUAUGUGACUUAGCCAGCGGUAAAGAGGGCAUUUGCGUGUUUGCUUAUCUCUGCAAUGAUGGCGUAAUUAACACUAAUGGAACUGCGAUUUUGGAUCUCCGGUAUAUGGAUGUCUGCAAGGAUUAUUUUUUGAAGUGCUGCUCAAAAGAAUCUCCUUGCAUGGAAACAGCUGGCACAUGCGUGCCAAAGAAACAAUGCACUGCUGAUCUGAAUGCCUCCAAAUAUAAAGAGUUUAAAGAGUCCGAUGAAUGUGACUGGAACGGAUACCAAUGCUGCCCAAAUGAUCAGACAACAACUACUUUGAAGCCAUCACUUGAAGGAAAGAAAUGUUUUCUAAAUAACGGAGUCUGUACACCACCAACGGAUUGCAAAGGAAUAAAGUACAACGAUCGGAGGAGAGAAUGUGGCGGCCUUGUCUGCUGUGAUUCACCAACGUCUGCCACUACAACUGCAACUACAAGAACCUGCGAUUCGUUGGGUGGCACAUGCGUAGCUGACCGAGAUUGUCAACGAAAAGCUGAUCAACCAUCGGUAGACUGUGCAGAAGACACUGUAUGUUGUCUAUCAAAAAGAUCAAUUGUAAUCCCAACAAUUUCAUGGGGCGAUUCAGAUAUUAAGGAAUGCGGCUAUCGAAAUGAAGAUGGAAUCAAGUUCAACACAAUCAACCGCAACGAUAGCGAAGCGCAAUAUGGCGAGUUUCCAUGGGUGGUUGCCAUUUUAUACACUGAUUUUGGUAAAGUUAAACUAAGAUGCGCUGGAACGCUAAUUGACCCGGAAAUAGUCCUUACUACUGCAGAGUGCAUACGAGAGUACAAAAGAAAACCAGAGCAACUCAUUAUUCGCGCAGGCGAAUGGGACAUGGCAGCAACUAUGGAGCCCAUUCCUCCACAAGAGCGUAGAAUAACGAAAAUGAAAAUUCACGAGAAGUUUAAUCCCCAUUCAUUGGUGAACAACAUCGCUCUUUUGUUCUUAGACGAUAAAUUUGAUCUUACUCCAACGAUAAACACAGUUUGUCUACCUCCCCAGGAUUUCACUAUUGACAAGGGGUAUGUGAUCGCUACAGGUUGGGGCACCACGCCGCAAAACCGCACAAAGUAUCAACACAUUCUGAAAAGUAUGGAACUCGAAUAUAGACAAAAAUCUGAUUGUGAACAAAUUCUUAAAAGAGCUACGCGGAACAAUAGAUUUAAGUUGGACCCCAGCUUUAUAUGUGCAGGUGGCGAAUUUGGUCAAGACACUUGUCAAGGAGAUGCAGGUUCUCCCAUAAUUUUCCCCAUUCCAGAAACUUCUGAUUUACGCUAUUAUGCAGUAGGAAUGGUGUCAUGGGGCGUUGGAUGUGGUAGGCAUGGUUUACCUUCGGUUAACACGAAUAUUGGAAAAUUCAGAGAAUGGAUUGAUUCAAUGACAGAAGAGGAACAGCAACGUAUGCAUUAUUAUCAAUACCAGCCAAAAAAAUUAAAGAACUGUGCUGUUCCAGAACCUCCUGACCCUACUCCACCAGACCCUUGCCCACCCGUCCAGGAUCCGUCCGAUCCUGCUCCACCCGAUCCAACUCCACCCGAUCCUGCUCCACCCGAUCCAACUCCACCCGAUCCUGCUCCAGUCGAUCCAACUCCACCCGAUCCUGCUCCACCCGAUCCAACUCCACCCGAUCCUGCUCCACCCGAUCCAGCUCCACCUGACGACCCUGCUCCACCGAAACCUGGUCCACCCGAUCCGGAUGAAGACCCAUCUCGGUCCUGUGCCCCAGGCUGGAUCAGAUCUCCAGUGCUUGGAGGCACGACACCGAAUUCGUUGCCGUUUGUGCUUGCCGAAAACGUCCAGCCAAUUUGCUUGCCGCCUAAGAACCAUAACUUCGAUCACAGCCGUUGCCUCGCCUCUGGAUGGGGUAAGAAUGUGUUCGGAAAGGAAGGCAAAUACCAGGUCAUUUUGAAGAAGGUUGAAUUGCCAGUGGUUCCUCACCAAUCGUGCCAACAGUCCAUGCGCUCCACCAGACUAGGAUCGCGCUUCAUUCUCGAUAAGAGCUUCAUGUGUGCUGGAGGAGAAGUCGGACAGGAUACCUGCCGUGGUGAUGGAGGAUCGCCACUCGUGUGCCCGGUGCCUGGAAGUUCAACCCACUACUAUCAAGCUGGUAUUGUUGCCUGGGGUAUCGGCUGUGGUGAAAAGGGAAUUCCUGGAGUGUACGCCAGCGUUCCCAUGUUCAGAGACUGGAUUGAUCAGCAACUGUCGCAGCGUCACGUCGAAGCAAAACAUUACACGUAUGCGUAGAGAUUUAAUGUAAUAUUUUAUAAAACUACUUGUAGACCAAUAAACUCUCUUUUGACUAUGAAAA